GUGAGAAAAACAGAUCUUGACGUAUGAGAGAGGAAUGACAUGAUUUGCAUUUCCUCUUUGACUUGUCUUGAAAAAUCCAUUUUAGUGUUUCAUACGGUAACAUCGGAUUGUCACGCUAGGCUAACGAAACUGUUUACUCUAUGUCAACAUAGGCGACUGGUGAAGCCAAACUGAUUGACAAGCAGGAUGCUAAUGGAGGAGCGCUGGAUUGUGACUCUAAUGUGGCUAGAGCCACAUUGACGGUCACACCUUGGGCAAUGGAAAAUGGGGGAACGUGGAACUCUCCAACCGGGAUAUCUCCUAAAAACAAUUUAAGAGCAAUAGGGCUAACAGUUAGAAGCUCCAUCGAUGCUCCUUUAACCACUAACAAUGGAAAUGAUUCUGUAUUAACAAGGAGUUACAUUCAUGAAAAUGGAUUCAGCUCCUCUAAGGAAAAACAAAGGAACGGAACACAGAGCAGAGAUGUGAAGCUUUGCCAAUAUGAGCAAAACAUGCCUCAAGCACUAACAAAGAACUUUAAAACGGUCUCAAAGGGAGAAGGAGGCAGAGCGUCGAGUGACACACAGAAAAUCGAGGGCCCGACUCUUCAAGAUUUGCCGAACGAUAUCAGCAAAACUUUGAACUCUGAACAUUCUGAAGUCAGCAAAGUAGUUCCUCUCAAGCCACAGAGAUCAAAAAAAUCUUUGACUAAAGAUACCAUAGUUUGUGUGCAGUCUCCAAACCAGUCUGCGUGGAGCAUUGUUGGGGAUGCAGCAUUGAUACAAUCAGAAGGUGGAUCCGGUGAAGCAACAAGGAGAGUGGGGGAUGAUAAUAGACUGCACUCUUCCACAGAUAGAGUCAGUGAUAACUCAGCAGCUAGAAAAUACCACAGCGGUGCUGGUCCAUCACAUCAUCAUCAACAAGAACAACAACAACAACAACAGUACUUUAGAGAAUUCAGGGAGGCAGGAAAUUCAAUGACUAGUGGCGAGCAACAGGAAGAUGCUCAAAAUAAUGCAGACUUGAACGCAGAGAGACUCCUGUCUAGGUUUCCAACAGUUCCCCCACGAACACUUCCUCUGAAAAAGCAAUGGUCAAGAGACCGCCACAGCAACACCGACUGCAGCCACAUCCACUACAGAACCAACCAUGACACCACCAAGAGGAAGCAAGCGAACGUCACGGACCUUUACAUUAAGGUCUCCUUUUUCCUUUCAACAUCCUCACAUGAAUAAGGUGGCCGCUGUUGCAAGGAGCGCAAGGCCUUUUCCAACCAUUAUUUCGUCAAAAUCAGUUAGUAAGUGGCUAAGAACGGCUCUGAGACUAAAUGUCCUGCCUUGGCACCUCUGUAGCAACAUUAGACAAUCCAAAAACAUCAAUUAGACACAGUCAGAGGCUGCAGAGCUGCCAAAUCUUUCAGGGUUCAGGCAUUCAUACAUCCCAUUUCCAAAUGAAUACCUUUCACCUGAAAAUUGUUUUUGUUUUUUUGUUUUUUAAAGUGCAGUUUUCGAGUGCAUGGCAUUACAGUUAAUUUUAAAGUGAAAUACAGCAUGCUUCUGACUAAAGCUUUAGUUAGGAAUUCUGUUGUUUGUUUUUCAGCCUGAGUAAGAAACCCUAAUGGAUGACUUGUCAUGCAUUAC